AAAUAUUUUCUGGGUAUCUGCUAUUUUGGCUGGGUUUGUCUGGUCAGGCAGAUCGUGUGACUUCUGAUCAUGUAUAUGGUACACAGACCUUUUGAGCAAUUUUAGCUGCAAGAAGAAGAACAGACAUUGCCUGGUGGAAUGGACAAGGACAAAACAACUGAGAAUGGAGGUGAUCCUAAAGCUGGCGAGCUUAUUUGCAAAAAUUCGUCAAACCUUCGAGCAGAUGACAGCGGAAAUCCAUGGAGCACAGGCUUAUUCGACUGCCACGAGCACAAGAUGAAUGCUCUUAUGACAUUUUGUUUCCCUUAUGCGACCUUUGGGCAGAUCUCAGAAGUACUAGAUGCUGGAGAAAUGACUUGUCCUCUGGGAAGUUACAUUUACCUCCUCAUGAUGUCAGCUCUGUGCACUCAGUGGCUUAUGGGCUCAAAGUACAGAAGCAAACUGAGGAGGAGAUACAAUUUAGUUGAAGCUCCAUACGGUGAUGUGAUUUCUCAUAUCUUCUGUCCAUAUUGUGCCCUGUGCCAGGAAUUCAGAGAACUGAAGAAUAAAGGACUCGAUCCUUCUCUUGGAUGGAAUGGUGUACUUGCCGAGCAAAGGGGGACUGAGUACCCUGAUCAUCAAAUGAAGGUUCCUCCUCCAUAUCAAGCCAUGAAGAAGUGAAGAAUCUAUAGUCAGAACAGAGCUAGUUUCCAAUAUUUUCCUUGUCUAUAUGAUUUGUUGUGUGGUCAUGUUUGGAAUUUGAAGAUUGAGCAUGCUGAACAUUACAUCCUAUUUCCUUCUCUUCCCCCGUCCUUGGAAAUAAUGGGUACAGAUCAGUAGGCAUUCUCUUCCAAUAUAAGCAAAUGUCUGAGUUACUUAAGAGUAUCCUUUUGAUUCAUUGGCUGAGAAUACCGAAAGAGUAAUUAUAAACCCAGUCAGAUAUGGAGCGUAUGGAUCUAGUGACUGGCCAACGGAAGCCAGGUUCCUCAAGCCAUCUGAUAGCUUAGGAAUCGCCAUUAGAUCUGAAAAGCACUCAAACACCACGGAGCGCCCGCUUGGUUGCGAAUGGGAGGCAUUUCUCUUUUUGAGAACCAAUUUUAGCUUCGUUUUUCGUACUUUCAACUCAUCAGAACAUGCUUAUGAGGUGACCCAGCCUACUCCUUCAGUGGCAUCAACAUUGAAGGUUGCAACUUUUAAGAAGUUUCAGAUGACAAGGAUCUCAGACAAUGCACCCUUUUCAGAUGUUUGUGGCCAUGGAGUCAAUCUACAUCUGUACGACCGGAAGACACAAUCAGAGCCCAUUGAAUCCUUAGAACGGUUGAAAGGCCCUUGGGUCCAUAUAUACGUCACGACCUC